GUGACACAAAGUCAUGCAAAUGCAAUGCCCAUGAGGAAUUUUUAUAUAUAUUGCAUGGAAAUAUGGAAGAUAGAGACUGGAGAGGACUAUAUAUAUAUAUAUAUAUAUACUAAUAUAGUUUAUAUUUACAAAAUUACAAGAUCUUGAUUUGGGUUUGGGAUAAAAAGGAAAAAAGAAGAGCAAAGGCAAAGAAAGAAAAGAAGCUUAUGCUCAAAGCCUACCACCCUUUUAUCCUCCUCCUUCUCAAAGCCAAACAAGCAAAGCAUCUUCUCCAUUCUCACACUCUCACCACCACCACCACCACCACCACCACCACAACCCUCUUCCUAUCUUACAUUUUCUUCCUCCUCCACUGAUCACCAAAAAAUUCUUGGUUGCCAAUCAUGACCGGAGAUACAACAGCCUCUAGUUACUGGUUGAACUGGAGGGUCUUGGUUUGUGGCAUAUGGGUCUUAAUCUCAAUGACGCUGGCAUUAGUUUUGGUAUUGAAAUUUGAAGGUUUCCGGAAAUCAAAACGCGAUGGCCGAGAAAUCCAGAGAGAUAUGCCAGGAGUUUUGUAUGAGGAUGAAACUUGGAGACCAUGUUUGAAAGAAAUCCACCCAGCUUGGCUUCUAGCUUUCAGGGUGAUUGCUUUUGUGGUGCUUUUGAUCCUGCUCAUCGUCACAGCUUUUGUGGAUGGAGGCAGCAUAUUUUACUUCUACACACAGUGGACUUUUACAUUAGUUACCGUCUAUUUUGGGCUUGGGUCGUUGCUUUCAAUGCGUGGAUGUUACCUACAUCAUAAGAAAGCUUCUGGUGAUAAGGUUGAUAAUGUAGAGGUAGAUACAGAGCAAGGCUCCUAUGUGACUCCCGUUCAUGGAGAAAUUCCUGAUACCUCCAACACUGAAAAGAGCUUAGGUAUCAAUGUAGUAGAACAUCAUGCUCGCCAACCUGCAGGCUUUUGGGGUUAUGUCUUCCAAAUAAUUUUCCAGAUGAAUGCAGGUGCUGUUAUCCUCACAGACUGUGUCUUUUGGUUCAUUAUUGUUCCAUUUCUUACCAUCAAAGAUUACAACUUAAAUUUUCUGAUUAUAAAUAUGCACACAAUCAAUGCUGUUUUCUUGAUUGGUGAAACUGCUUUAAAUUGCUUGCGAUUUCCUUGGUUUCGGAUUGGAUAUUUCUUCCUGUGGACCGUCAUUUACGUAAUUUUCCAGUGGAUAAUUCACACCUGUGUGAAACUCUGGUGGCCAUAUCCAUUUCUUGACUUGUCAUCACCAUAUGCUCCAUUAUGGUACUUAUCUGUGGCUCUGUUGCAUAUUCCAUGCUAUGGCAUUUUCAUUCUGAUGAUGAAGCUGAAACACCACCUUUUCUCGACAUGGUAUCCUCUCUCUUAUCAAUGUGUGAGGUAGCUUGGGCUAGAAGUUCGGCCAAAGCAAAAAUUUGUUGAAAUUCUUUACAGAAGGAGAAAGAAAGAGCAAAAAAGAUCAGAGAUUAUAUUUUAGAAGUAUAGUAGAUCCAUAUCUUGAGCAGGUUCAUGGACAACAAUAUCUAUUAUAGUAAGUUUUGGAUGAUACACAAAGAUGUACAAGAAACUGGAAAAACCAACAUUCUUAGUUUGUUUAUACAAGCAUUAUUACUGGAAUUGCAAACUUGUAACUACAUAAAGAUUGGAAAGGAAUUGCUGGGAGAAAUAUUCUUUCUUAUAGAUCUUUUAUCAUUUUUUUA